AUGGUUCGAUCCGUAGUUCGUAUAGGUUCUAGUAGUAGCUCGAGCAGACCUAAGAGAGCUAUUGAAUUAGAGAAGGGCGAGAGCGAGGGAACUCCUGUGAAGAAGGCGGCUAAGAAGGACAGUAUGGCCAGAUUUGACGCCAUGCUGGGCCUUGACGGUAGUAGUGAUGAGAGCUCGGAUGAUGAUGAUGAUGAGGAGGAUAAGACCGACUAG